AUGCAGGCUGUGCGGCACCGAGCGCUUCGUGCAGUGUCCAAUGCAGGACUUCGGAUAGAAUACAGACGUCACUUCCCCGCAAUGGUUGCACUGGACAGAUGCACGUUCAGAUGCAUUCCAAGGCGAUCCUUUUCUAGUGAGACGCCCAAGGAGGACAAGGCCAAGGAUGCCGAAGCUUCCAACGAGAGCACGCCUGCCCAGGAAACUGCUGAAGAAGCGGAGGCUCCAGAGACUGUGGAGGCCCCGUCCGUGGCGCUGGAGAAGGAGUUGGCAACUCUGCAGGAGAAGGUUCGUGCAAGAAAGCACGAGCUUCUACUGUCAUUGGCUGACUUUGAGAACAACAAGAAGCGGUUCUCAAAAGAGCGAGAGGACAGGCGGAAAAGCUCAAUGGCGAAUUUUGCAACUGAGAUGAUAAAGGUCUACAGCCAGUUCGAUGUCUUCGCCGGUGAGAAGCACACAGGCGCAGUGCAGGCCCUUCAUCAGGGUGUUGCGCUGACUCGCGACCUCUACAAGGCCUCCUUUGAACGUUUUGGUGUUCGCAACAUCCAGGUUGAAAUUGGAGAGCCGUUUGUGCCUGCUCGCCACGAAAAUGUCGGCACGGUCGAAAGUACGAAGUUGCCGAUGAACGCCGUAGGUGAGAUCGUCCGGCCAGGCUGGAUCUUGGAGCCGGAUAGCCCAAAGCCGGUUGUUCUUCAGAAGGUCGAGGUACAUGUUUCCACACAAGGGCCGAAGGUGCCGGCUUCAUGA